AUGUCUUCUUCACUCGCCCAGCUGGUUCUGGAUUUUAUUGUCUUCGCUGUCAUUCACUACUACAUCAUAGUUCCACUAAUUACCCGUGCUCUAGGUUACAUCAAGGGAGAACCAGUAAACCUAUACACAGGAUGGGACAUUUCAAAAGCAUUCGAGAACCUGAAGGCGUUCAUCGACGAACAGUCGGAGCAGAAGCUUUCCAAUAUUAGCACACCUGCACCAUUUACAGCUGGCUUAACCACGAUUGACGAGAUCUUGUGCGAAAAAUGCCAACUACUGAUAGAGGAUCAGCCUUGUGUGACACGACGAAGCUGCGACUGCACCUGGUGUGUAGACUGCGUGGAAGAAUGCUUCGACAUUGUCAAUUUUGAUUUGGACAAGCCUUUGAGCUCUUUGAGCAAUGGGUGCAAGUCCUCGCAGAAGCUUACCAUUCGGAAGAUGUUUCCUUAUGUCGAGCACUUGCUGUCUGAAAAGUCCUCUUGGCAGGUUGAGAGAGCGGUCCUACUGCAAGACACAGUGGAUGGUAUCGACCUGGGUAAGCACGACUGGAUGCUCGAUGUUGACGAAUCGGAAGAGUUUUAA